AUGGGUGAUGAUGAAGCUGCUAGGAAAAAAGCUUUUGAUGAAGUUUUUAACCCGAACAGCAUUUGUGCUUGGUUGUGCAACAUGUCAAGUGAAGAGAUGGAGGAGUGGAAGAACAUGAUUGCCGGAUUUGUGUAUAAAUUUCGCGAAGUAAGUCCUCCCCCACGAGCAAGAGGCCGAAGAGGUGGUGCAAGACCGCAGCAAGCACAUCGGUAUGAGCCUACAGACAAGAUCAAGGCUCGGUUCUGGACUGCCAAGGCUAAUGUCAACACGUGGAUUGCUGACGGCAGCGUUGUAGAAGUAAUCUCAGGCAAUUGGGCGAGAUUUGGAUUAAUCAUGAACCACGGAAUACGAAUGUUUAUCGAGCCUGGAUCAUUCGACAGGUACGAGUUUGUAAUUUCCUAUCUCCCAUGA